AGUGAACGUGUUCCAGAGAAAAAGGUUGGCCGCCCACGUGGCAGCAGAGCACACCAUGACAGACAUCAACACAUCCACAGGGCCCAAUCUGUUGAUGACCCGAUGUCGUCUUUGGUUGGCUUCGGGGGCGGCGGUCAACAGUCUUCAGCCUAUAGUCACAACCCACCUUUCACUGGCCAGAACUCAUCUUUUCAAGGCCACGGCGCCAGGGGUGGUGGGGGCAAUGGUGCCGAUAGCUCCAGUUCAUCUUUUCAGUGUCAGAAUCAGACAAGUGGAAGCAGCACAAAUAAUAGUAGAAGUCAAGACAACUUCCAGAGGUCCAUCUCCUUCCAGGGUCAGGCCAUUAACCACAUGACCACAACUGCAGACACACAGGACCCAGAACAUUCCAUCUUGGGAAACUUGCUCAAGGGGAGGGGCGGAUCCACUUCAACAACAGGGAGUAAGUCACCCGCUCACACAAUGCUGACAAGUAUGGGAAGGUCUCCAGGCCAUUCCAUGGGCUUGGACAAGAGUGGCAGAACACCAGCACUUCAGUCCAUGGACAAGGGCUGUAGGUCACCAGCACAUCCCAUGAUGUCUGAAGUCUCCUCCCCUGUUUCUGUCUUCUCCCCAGAUCCUAGUCAAACAUCUUCUUUUAUUAAAGGUAAAUUGAACAUAAAAGCAUUAAAGUAA